UUAGCAAUGAUUUCACUCCGUUAUUUAAAGUCACAGACAUUUCAGUGAACUGAUAUACAAUUAUUAAACAUGGCAGAAAACGACGCAACAUGUUUGCCCUUAAUUAUAUAUCAUAUGCGGGAGAAGUACUUCAGACACGCCAUAAAUACAGCUGUGAAAUAUUUACAACUGUACAACAAUGAUCCUGUGCUCCUGUUUUUCAAAGCUUUUGGAUCUCUAAUGGAAGGUCACACACAGGAGGCUAUGAGAGAGCUUUACCAGCUGAAGGAUCAGCGUCACCUCUCAUUGUGUUCAACUAUAGCUCUCAUUAACGCUCACAGACAUUGCGAAACUAUCGAUGAAGAGGCAGUGAAUGAACUGAACUCAGAUCUGAAGCUAUCAGGAUCAACAGCAGGUGACAGGGCGUUGUAUUAUGCGGCUCUGCUUUACUGGAUUCUGGACCGGAACGGAAAAGCCAGAACCUGCAUUAACAAAAUGCUGAAGCUAUCAGAUACAUCGCCACAGGGACUUAUUCUGAAGGGCUGGAUUAUGUUGACAUCUGAGGUAGAAGAGAACAAACUUCAGGCCAUCCGCUACUUUAAGGAUUCAGGAAAUGUUUUUGGACUCAUGGGACAGGUUGAGUUUCAUAUGGCCAAACAGAAUAAAGAGUGUGCUCUUGACGUUGUGAAUCAGAUGAUCGCUUCUCAUCCAGAUUUUAUCCCAGCACUCAGUCUGAAGAUGAAGAUCCUGAUGUCUCUGCGUGACUGGGAGCAAACCCAAGAAGUCGCCCACAGAAUACUGGAUAGAGAUGAACACAAUUUAAAAGCUCUUCAAAUGAUGGCAGUCAGCGCUGCAGCUAAAGAUGGAGACAUGAGACGGGUAAGAGAUCAUCUUCAGUGUUUAAUAAAUGCAGUAGAGAUGUCUGAGCUGAAUAAUAGCCGUCUGUAUGUGGAGAUGACAGCACCCAUCAGUAGACUGGUUAGAGAUCGGGUUGAGUUUAAUCUGCUGAAAGCUCGAGCUCUUCUGAGGUCUGGAGAUAUGAAGAGCGUCAUCCAGUGUCUGAACACGACUAUAAACAUGCCAGGUGUCCGCGGGUCUACAGAUGAGCUGCGGUCUUCUGUCUCCGUAAGCGAGCGAGUUUCUGUUUAUCUGGAGCUCACAGAGGCUUUGAGACUAAACGGUGAACAGCACGAGGCUACAAAAGUCCUACAGGAGGCCAUUGUGCAGUUUAAAGGAACUGCUGAGGAAUCCGUCAUCACGCUGGCCAAUGUUGAUCUUGCUUUGGCGAGAGAUGAUGUGGAUGCUGCUGUGGUCCUUCUGAAGAAAAUUCAACCCCAUGAGUCCGCUUACAUCCAAGCCAGAGAGAAAAUGGCUCACAUUUACUUAAAGAAAAACAACAACAAGAUGCUUUACAUUGCAUGCUACAGAGAAAUGACUGAGCAGCUACCUGGAGUUCAUACUUUAUUCCUGCUCGCUGAAGCCUUUAUGAAGAUACAUCAGCCAGACGAAGCUGUCAAAAUCUAUCAGGCAACAGAGAGGACGGCUCAUAAAGACAUCACCUUAGCUAAAAGAAUAGGCCAUGCUUUAGUUAAAGCUCAUGAAUAUGACAAGGCUGUAAGCGUCUAUGAAUCGGCUUUGGAUGUUGAUACACGGGAUUGUCUCUUGAGUCUGGAGUUUGCUGAUCUUCUCUUUAAACUCCAGGAGUUUGAGAAAGCUCAGCGAGUCCUACAGAAGACACUGGAUCAUGAACACAGUUCUUCAUUGAUGAUUUUGAUGAAUGAUGUGAAGAUUUUAAGAAUGUUGGUGAAAGUUCUGCGUGCGAUGGACGAAUCGACUCUGGAUGCUGUGCAAAAGGCCCAUGAUGUUCAACAGAAGAUCAUUAAGUGGAUUACAGCUGAGCAGCCGGAUCAGUUAGAAGAUCAGAUGAAGAUGAUGGCAAACAUCUGCUGUGAUUGGGCUCAUGAGUUUCAUCUCAAACACGAUCUGGAGAUGGCCAGACAUCAUUAUACAGACGCUUUAAACUACAGCCCAGAUAAAGAGGAGAUCAUCCUUUAUCUUGCUCGCUUAUAUUAUGAGCAUCAAAAGCUGGACCAUUGUGAAGAAAUGUGUCUUCAGAUUCUGCAGCUACAUCAACAUCAUACAGAUGCAGCCAUGCUGUUAGCUGAUACAUUAUUUUGGAAAAACCAAAAGGAUGAAGCACUUAAAAUGUAUACAGAUAUUAUGGAGCGAUAUCCAGACAACUUUCAUGUCAUGGUUAAGUUUCUUGAUGUUCAGCGCAGACUGGGGAAUCUGGACGCUAUGCAGUCUGUAUUUAAAUCCUGUGAAAACUUCUGUCCGCUCUCGGUUAGAGAAGCAGGUUAUCAUUACUGCAAAGGUCUUCACUUCUGGUGUUUGUAUCGGGUAACUGAAGCUCUGAAUCAUCUGAAUAAAGCCCGAGGUGAUUCUCAAUGGGGUGAGAGAGCGGUCCAGCUGAUGGUCCAAAUCUCUCUUAACCCUGACAAAGAGGUGUUUGGAGGAGAAGUUUUAGAUAAAAGACAAACAAACGUCAGUGAAUUUGAGAAUCAGAUUGGGAUCGACACGGCUCAGAAUCUACUGAUGAAGUUUCAUCCUCGCUCCAAAUCUGAGGAAGAGAAAGUCAGACUGCUUGAUAAUCUGUGUCUGAUCUACAGUAAAGACGCUAAACAGGUGGAGAAAGCCACGCUGGAUCUCACAGAUAUGCUGUCAAGAAACGUGAUGUUGGAGGCAUCUUUGCUUGUGGCAGCUCAAGGUCUCCUUCAGUUAAAGCAGAUUCCCAGAGCCAGAAACCUCCUGAAACGUCUCAUUAACAUGGAUUGGAAUGAUGUUAAUGCGGAUUAUCUGGAGAACGCCUCUCUGCUCAUGGCUGAUAUGUAUAUAAAGAUGAGAAAAUACUCACACGUGGACAAACUACUGGAUAACUGCAUACGACACAAUAAGUCAUGCAGUAAAGCGUAUGAGUAUCAGGGCUUUAUAAUGGAGAAUGAACAGAGAUAUGAGGAAGCAUCACUGCAGUAUGAACUCGCAUGGAAAUACACAAACAGAGUCGAUCCUGCUGUCGGGUUUCGUCUUGCCUUCAACUGUCUGAAAUGCAAGAAUUACACGCGGGCUGUUGAUAUUUGUCAUCAGGUGUUACAGUGUUAUCCAAACUAUCCUCAGAUCCAGGAGGAGGUUCUGAUCCGAGCUCAGAUUUCUCUCCGACCGUGAGCCGCAGCUUUAUUCUGAUUUCAGAGAGACUGUUUGCAUAAAGUCAGUGUGUGCAUUUAAAUCUUGAUUUCUCAUUUACUGUAGCAGAUGAAAUACAUGAGGAGAAUCUGAUGUUAGUCUAAAGAUUCAUAAAGAUUAGCAUUAAAAAAAUAGAAAACAGGUGACUUUAAAGUGAAGGUGGUGUGUAUUCAAAAUAUGAUUAUUUUAAAACACUAACAGUGAAAUUCAUGACGCUUAAUGCUUAUAUAUAUAACAUGCAUUCCCAAACAUUGAAAGUACAAGAAAACUUCUGUUUAACUUAAUA